CUCAGCUAAACUACAACAACAUCUUCUCCACACCAUUCCUCUAGGACAUUCCUUCAAUUAUAAACAUGUCGAAAACAUCUUCAUCGACUCUACUGUUGACACUCCCGGUAAUCCAACUGUUUUUGCCAACGAAAACGUUUUCCAACCAUGGAGAAGCGAGCAUCACGUCUUUGGACUUUGAUGAUUCUGGACAAUUUUUAAUUUCUGCAGGCGUGGAUAAGUCAAUUCAACUCUAUGAUAUACACAAGGGUAUCCAUUUGAAAGAUAUCCAAUCCCAAAAAUACGGAGCUCAUUUAGCGAAAUUUACCCAUCAUGACAAAAAUUGUUUGUAUGCAUCUGCUCCACCAGCAGCAGAAAAUUCAGACGUGGAUAAUUCAAUCAGAUACCUUUCAUUAGCAGACAACCAGUACUUGCGGUAUUUCAAAGGUCACAAGGAAAGUGUCACUUGCUUAGAGGUCGAUCCUGUGCAUGACACGAUUCUUAGUGCCAGUAUGGAUAGAACGGUCAAGAUGUGGGAUUUAAGAUCAAGUUCAGCUACAGGAAGUAUAGAUACGGGGGCUCCGCUGGCUACAGUAGCCUUCGAUCCAAUGGGAAUAAUAUUUGCCGUGGCGAAGGCCAAUUCUGCAUCCAGUACUUGCGCAGUUGACUUUUAUGAUUGUGCCAAUUGUGACAAGAAACCAUUUCUCUCACUGAAAUUUAACAUGACAUUCCCAGUGGAGAAGUUGAGUAAAUUGGAAUUCUCCAACAAUGGGAAACUUCUCUUGGUAGGGACGAACUCAGGAGAAGACUAUAUUGUAGAUGCAUUUCUGGGGGAUCUUUUAGCUAGUCUUAGCAAUGGACGUCAUCGUGAGGAUGACAGUAUGGCACUGUUUCUCUAUCCUUCCAAUGGCCUGCUGACUUUCACCCCAUGUGGCCGGUAUGUGAUAGCAGGGUCUUCAAGACAUGUGGUCUACGUAUAUGAUGUGGAGAACUUGCGAACAGGUAUCAAUCGAGUUUUAAAUCCAGUUAAAGUUAUCAAGACUGACCAGGGAAUUCCCAAGAUUAUAGCAUUCAAUCCAAAGUUACUUACGUUUGCAUCGGCAGAUACCACGGUUAGUUUAUGGCAACCACUGGUUGAGCAGUAAAGGGGAUAUAUUCUUGCUAAUGAUAGAGAGGGGUAUGCUUCAUGGUGUAGACCACCAAUGAGUAAUCCAUCAAGAAAAUGGGCCUGUAAAUACAUAUAUAGAAAUAUUCAGCCAAAUGAAGAAUCCUGC